UUUAAAUAUGCCAGAGGGGUGGUUGUUACAAUUGGGAUGCCACCUCACCUGACAUAAAAGCCUCUGUUGAGCUCCCUUUAUAAAAGCCUGCUUCUCCCUUCAUCACCCUGCACCAAAAAUCCCUUGAUUUCUCACUCAAUUAGCUUAUUCUCUUACAACUAAUUGAACUUCCGAUACUAUCAUGGCCGUAGAGUACUCUCGUCUUUCGUCCCCAGUUGGCCCUCCAGCCUGCGAGAAGGACGCCAAAGCUCUUCAAUUCAUCGAAGAGAUGACCAAAAAUACUGAUGUGGUGCAACAGAAGGUGUUAGCCGAAAUACUGACCCGAAACUCCGAGACCGAGUACCUCCGGCGGUUCCUACUCAGUGGGUUGACCAACCAAGACACCUUCAAGUCAAAAGUACCGGUCGUCACCUAUAAGGACCUUCAGCCCGAUAUCCAACGAAUUGCUAAUGGCGAUCGCUCCCCUAUCUUCUCGUCUCACCCCAUCUCUGAGUUCCUCACCAGUUCUGGGACAUCUGCUGGUGAAAAAAAGCUGAUGCCAACUAUUCAAGACGAGUUGGACAGAAGACAGCUAUUGUACAGUUUUCUCAUGCCUGUGAUGAACCUUUAUGUGCCAGGAUUGGACAAAGGGACGUGUCUGUACUUCUUAUUCGUGAAGGCCGAGACCAAAAGUGACCAUUUCAAGACUCGGCCAUAUGACCAUUAUAUGGUCUAUACGAGUCCUGAUGAGGCCAUUCUAUGUCCUGACUCUUUCCAAAGCAUGUAA